AUGGCUUCUGAGUUAGUGAACUUGUCAAAGACCGCUAUCAACAGCGGAGAUUUUUCCGUCCUUCAAGGGCAGACUUUCUCUGCCGCUUUGAACACUUCCGCCGAUGCGCACGCAGGACUCCGACUGAUCCUGACCCGAUUGCUUCUCGACAUCUCUCAGAGCUACCGGGCCUUCUCAGACCGGGUUGCCACCCUGCAGAAGGAGCAAAAGAACAAGGAGGCCUUGCAACAGAUGAUCCGGGCCGCAUCCGUCGAAUUCCAAAAGAAUGCGGAACGUCUAAUUGACCUUGCCGGAUACGAGGCAAAGAUGAUCGUUUCUCAUCUCCCCGCGAACGCUCAAGCUUCCAGCCAAAAGUACUUCGACGCCGGAUUGGCUCGUGCGACGGUUUACCUCUCGAAGAUCUGGACGGAACGUGUCAACGCGGUUUUUGCGGCUCUCCCCAAGCUUUUGGAGGGCGACUUGAGCGUGCUCACGGUGUCUUUCGACUAUGUAGUCAGGGAAACCGACGCUGCGGUUUUCGCAAACUAG